GCUCGGCUGAGGUCGAUGCCGCACACGACGCGUUCUUAGGCGUGUGGCCCCGUCUGUUCUUCAGCCGCCGGCAAACACGCUUUCGCCGUGUGUUCCUAAGCUUUGCCGAGUUGAUGCUUGUCGUCGUCUUCCUCAGGCCUCCGUGGACGUCUCCCCGCCGGGUGGGCCGCACGUCUUGACUCCCUUCUGCGAUGGCGUAUCGUCGAAAAGCCAUUUCAAUUCAACCACAACCCAGACACGCCAUGCUGCACCGUGCUGCAAAGCAUUUCUGUGCUUGACCAGCCGUUCUGGCUUUCCACAGUUAGAAUUUCAUCCGCGAUCUGCGCGCCGAGGGUGGGAUUCCGCUUCGACAUCAGCCCUGCUCGAAGAUAUCAAACGUACGGCACGCAGCAGUCUCGGAAUGACACCAUAGAGUAUUCUCUGUCAAAGUCCCAGCAUCCUGGAGAGUCGGCCUCUGACCGACCAGCUGACACCUCCAAAGCGAUGACUCAGCCGUUCUCUAGCUCGAUCUGAGCAUUGUCUUCCGCACUUCCGGAUUGGGGGCAACGGCAGAAGAAUGGCUUGUCUCAUCCAGCAAGGAUCAAUGGCCGUUCGUCCAUCUGCAGCACAAUCACCAACAUGGACUGCACGGGCUGAUAUCUCCUCAGUCCAUGCAACUUGGCGGGUAGCGUUAACACAUCUCGCGUACGUUGUACUACAUGGCCGCGUUGACUACUGCUCGGAUGCGCUUCUUCUGGCGUAGUCUGGCGUCACCAAGCGGCGUCUACUCGGACAGGAAAUGUCGCGCAAGCCUUCGGAUAGAGCGCGCUUGUUCAUCCCGGCACCAGGAGUGAACUGUACCAGAUCUGCUAGAUCACCCGCCCGGGCAGGAUUGCGCUUGGGUUGCCGAUUGCAAUGGUUGUCUCGUUGCUACAUAGAAAUCACGUGACAAUGGUGAGUCAGGCGGCAAGAGAAUCUGUCAUCUGUGCAAGCCUAACGAGAGGCUUCGUUUUCUGAAAAGGUGCAGUUUUCUCAGAUACAGGUGCACUCUCGGGAUGGCAGGAACAAAGCAGAUCUUGUGUAGCACGUCAAAUGAGACCACUCAAUGGACAUGCCGUCGGUGGCCGUCUCGCGAAUGAAGCCACGCCUCGAGACGACGUUGCUGUGUCCCGUUCUAACAUGGCAGCUCACGCUACGUCGUCACUCGACUGCGAAACUCCCGUCCUAUCUCAUCGCUCUCGAGAGGAGGGGUCAGGCUAAUGCCGAGCGCGUACCAGCCAGAAAUCGGCGGGAGAGUCCUAUCGACAUGCUGCAACCGUGGUGGGUUGGCAUGGAAAUGACGUCAGGGACAGCGGCAGAGCUGGCGUGCGCAGCCAGUCCUCCGAGACGUAUGUACAGAGAUGCAUGCCAUGCCACGCAAUACUACCAAUACUACGGAGUAUGCAUGAUCUUUGCGAGCUAUUGAACGCAUGGGACGGAAGAACGGGCUUGCAGGACGGUGGGAGGGCGUAGACAAGAAGGGAUGGAAUACCGCCUGCCAGCCUUGUGACGUAGCGUGCAAGGCAGGCGCCGCUGAGGGCGAGUCGCGGUUUCCAUUGGCCGGGCGGAUGGCGAUCCCGCCUGGACGCUGGGGGCGCCAUCAGCGGGGGGGCGCCGCUGCAGGUCCCCUCGCAAAAAUUGGGAGAGCG